AUGUCUAAUGUUCAGGAAAAGCCGCUCAAUGAGCUCCUCUCACGCUCAAUGGUGGACAUCUACGUCGGACCCGAAAACACACACUGGAUCCUUCACGAAAAGCUCCUCUGCCACCACUCGCCCUUCUUCCGCAAAAUCUUCUACUCCAAAUCCUCCACCUCCUCGCGCACUCAAUCCUUUGGCCUCCCAGAUGAAGAAGACCUCCCCUUCAAAACCUUUGUCGGCUGGCUCUACUCGUCCAGCCUGCCUGUGCCGCGCGAGGAAGCCGACCUCGGCACAGCCUUCGAUCUGUACCUGAUGGCCGAAAAGUUCGAGAUCCCCGCCCUGGUCGCCGACGUCCUGCAGGUCGUCCGCGAGUGGUACAAGUACAGCGAUUCGUACCCUGGACUCCGCCGUGUACAGUAUAUCUACGCCAACACCGAGGAGUCGAGCCCCAUGCGCCAUAUGCUUGUCCAUGCCGUCGCGCGCAUGAUGGUGGUGGCGAAUACGGGCAUCCCGCCGCACUGGGAUAAGGCGCUGCGCAAGAACGGGCAGCUCGCUGUUGACAUUAUCCGCGCGAUCCAGGACUGGCGGCUUGACGAGGAGACGGUGCCCGAUGCGCGUGAGGAGCCGGCCGAGGGUGAGGAGCUUGUGGAUGUGGAGGGCGAGACGAGCAAGUUGGAUGAGCAGGCGGAAAAGGAAAUCGAUCCUAAGAUCGCGGGGAGGGACGAUCCUCCGGCGUCAUCAUCUUCUGUGUCUGCGGAUGAGAGUGCUGAAGACUCUGAGGACACGGUUGUCGAGUCCCCCGUUGAAGAGACCAAGGGCGUGCAAGGCGCUGUCAAGGGGAAGAAGGAAGAUGUCAAGGCUAAGACGGCCCCGGUUCUCGAGAAGGAGUUUGGCAAGUUUAGCUUGAACGAGCGGGGGAACGCGGAUUAUGGUACCCUCAAGGCGUAA